AUGGCCCAAUACUAUUCCCAACAGCAGCAGCCUCCAUAUGGCGGCACCCAGCAGCAACAAUCCGCGCAAAACCUUCAAUUCUACCCGUCCUCCUACAUCUCCGUCUCUGGCCACACAACACCCCAACAGGCUCAAUAUGGAGGCUACGGAAUGUCUCAUAAUUCUGCACCGGCAUUCCCUGUUGGAGGAGGAGGAGGGAGUGGGGGUGGGGUUGGUGGGUAUGGAGCUGCUGCGUUCGGGGCUUCGUCGGCAGGUGUGAGUGGGCGGAUGGGAGAACAGGGCGGGUUGAGAACAGGGUGGCUGGCGGCGUUUGGCACAGAGGGAUAUGAGGGGGAACCCCCGUUGUUGGAGGAGUUAGGGGUUAAUUUUGAUCAUAUAAGGACGAAGACCCUAACAGUCCUCAACCCCUUCGCCCGCAUCGACCAACACCUCAUGGACGACAGCGAUCUCUACGGCUCCCUCCUCUACAUAAUCCUCUAUGGUACCUUCCUCCUCCUCUCCGGCAAGGUCUUCUACGGUUACAUCUAUGGCGUCGCCGUCUUUGGCACCUUUGCGCUCCACUUCAUCCUCAGCCUUAUGUCACCAGCUCUCGACCCGGUCUCCACCUCCGCUUCUUCAGACCCCUCAGUGCUCGCAGACCCCACUGCAUCCAACACAGGCUACCACCCCCACCAUCAUAAGUCCAGCAACUCAGGCUCAGUACCCGGCAGAGCCGGCCACUUCUCUUCUACUCUUACUUUCCCCCGCUCCGCCAGCGUGCUGGGCUAUUGCUUCCUCCCCCUCGUGCUAACAAGUGGCAUCGGCAUCCUAAUACCUAUGGACACGCUAUUUGGAUAUCUCCUGACAACGGCUGCGGUGGGGUGGUGUACGUAUAGCAGUUCAGGGAUGUUUUGUGCUGUGGCGAGGAUGCGUGGGAUGAGGUUUUUGGUGGCGUAUCCGCUUGCGCUGUUUUAUGUUGUUUUUGGGAUUAUGGGAAUUUUCUCGUCCAGGGGGGGGGGGUCGUUGGUGGCUAAGGCUACGUUGUCGUGA